ACGAAACGUUGUCAUCGCUGAACGGGAGCGCAGAGGAAAAAUUAGAAAAAUCCAGAACACAGACGUACAAUUUUUGUAUAGAAGUUUUGUUAAAAGAAAUUGGCGUUUUGGCCACGCAAUAUAAAAAAAGAGUCCUUGAAUUUAAUUAACUUUCAAUAAAUUAAUUUCAAAUACACAACAGCAAACAUGACUCGUGGAAAUCAACGUGAUUUAGCCCGUCAGAAGAACGCCAAGAAACAAGCUGAAUUGACCAAAGGCAAACGUACUGACAAUUUAACCGUCGAACAACGUAAACAAAGAGAUGCCGAUUUGAUGCGUGAGAAACAACGCAAAAAAGAGGAGGACGCUGCAAAACUAGCGGCUCGCAAAGUAAAAUAAAAUGAUAAACUUUGACAAAUUUUAGUGAGGCCACUCAAAACAACAAAAACAACUACACAACUGGUAUAGAAAAAUUCAAUAAAAAGAAAACCAAGUGAUUUCCAAAAUUAUGUAUAAAAAUGCAAAACAUUCUAAUAUGUAUAUGUGUGUUCUCUACACUUAAAACAAAAGCUAUAAUUAAUAACAUUUACACGGGCAAAUAAUUAGAAAUCACUCUUCAUUUAAAUAGUUUUAAUUAAACAAUUUUCUUUCCCUCCAACCCAGCAAUCACUUAUUACGUUUUGGUAUUACAUACAAGUUCCUCAGAGUCAAUAAUUUGUUUUAAAAUAUUUGCAUUGUGUCAAUUUAGCGCCUCUCAUUAAAAUCAACUAUUUAUAAACAAACCCCCGACAUACACACAUUCAUUCACAAUUUUGUAAUUCUUUUUAUUUAAAAAAAAACCCAUCAAAUUUUAAAUAAGCACUGAGUUUCUUCAUCAUGGUUAUUUAUUUUUUACAUGCUUUUUAUUUUUAAUCCCUUGUAUAAAAUAAAUUCUAAAAUGCAAAUCUCUAAGCCUCAAUAUAAACAAAAUUAAGUAAAAGUAAAACGUUUUUAGAACUCGCCAUCAAUUGAGAAAGAAACAAAAAACGAAUUGUGUAUUAGUGAUUAGUUUUAAAUAAUUUUUCUUUUAAUUUUUUAUUUCUUAGUUUUAUAAGAUGAUAUUAAGUUUAAUAAGAGAAAAACGUAAGAAAAAUUACAAAAAAUUAUAAAUAAUUAACAUUUAAGCGUAUACAAGCAAAAACUGUAAACCAUAAAUAAAUUGUAUAAAAAAUAUCGAUAAUAGAAAAAAAAACAAAAAUAGCAAAGGUAAUAAAAUUUAAAAUAUUAAACAAA